AUGUCUGUCGAAACACAAGAAUAUGUGAAUGGCAUGAGGCCGGGACCUCUAACGAGGGAGAUCCCGGAAUGUAUGAGGGAUAAAUACACCGUCGUGCAAGCGAUUAUAGACAUUAUAAUGUUUGUCAUCGUCGGCAUUGGUUACGUGAUAAAGGCUGUUUACUUGAGUAUUGUUGGCCGACCGAAAAAAGACCUUAAGGGUGCUAUUGCUGUGGUGACGGGCGGCGGUGGCGGUCUGGGGAGCCUUAUUGCUCUAAGACUGGCUCGCCUCGGCUGCACCGUCGUGUUAUGGGACAUCAACAAACAAGGUUUGGAAGACACAGUCAAACUAGUGAAGGGCAUCGGUGGCAAAUGCUACGGGUACGUGGUAGACUUGGCCAGCAAGGAAGAUAUCUACAGGGUAGCUAAGAAAGUUGAAGAAGAAGUCGGCAGGGUAAACUUGCUGAUCAACAAUGCUGGUGUCGUGUCCGGGAGCUACCUUCUCGAGACUCCUGACCAUCUUAUCCAACGGACAUUUGACGUCAAUAUCUUGGCACAUUUUUGGACUGUAAAAGCGUUCCUGCCAGCAAUGAUGGAACAUAACAGUGGGCACAUAGUGACCAUUGCUUCAAUGGCUGGCCAUGUCGGAGUAGCUAAGCUGGUAGACUAUUGUUCUUCCAAGGCCGCUGCCUGCGGCUUCGAUGAAGCUUUGCGAUUGGAGCUGGAAACACAAGGCUAUACUGGAGUUAAAACCUCGCUAAUAUGCCCAUAUUUUAUACGUUCUACUGGCAUGUUUGAAGAGGUCAAUUCUAGAUUUGUACCCCAACUGAACUCAAACGAUGUGGCUGACCGUGUGGUAAUGGCGAUUCGCACCGACGAGCCCUUCGCGCUCAUUCCUGGUUUCUUCCGCGUCUUGCUGCCGUUCAAGCUGUUGGUUCCAUGGCCAUGUAUGUCAGAGUUGAUCCGAAAACUAGUUCCCGAUGCAGUGCCAGUACCAGUGCAUCCAGCACGUCCAGCGACUGAUGCCAAAGUACCUUCCAAGCCGGUUCAGCUGGAAGCCAAGCAUGGCGCUCCCGGCCCCAUGACUGUGAUGCCUCCCGCACGACACGACCGACAAGUGUGA